AUGAAUAAUCCAAAAGCUUCAAGUCCAAAGCGUAAGCGGAACGUGAUCGACGUUGACAAAGCUACUGCGCCCGUCGACACGGCGGAUAUUCGCAAUCAAGCCCUGACUCAUAAGAAGGCUAAGAACGCUAAGAAGACCGCUGCUGUAAAUCAUGAACUAGCCAAUACUGUCUCUGACAGUGAAGAUAUCGAUGAAGAUGGCUCUACGCCACAACAAACCCUUCCGUCUCUCACUACUCCAGACGCAACUUGGUUGAUUCGAGGAGAUGAUCCAACUAAGAAUCAGAUGUUGAAUGUCAUAACUGAUCCCCAAGUGCGAGCUGCAUAUCUUGAGGAGGUCGGCAACCGCACAUUGUACAUUACAAGUGACCCGUUUCCGGCGAACUCCAAUGACACUGACUCAGCAGCCACACCUGAGGUACGCGCGGGGCUCAAGGCUCGACUGGUUGAUGGCCUUACUUGGGAGGCGUGUAAGUCUGCAUACAAUAGCAAUGGUGGGAAAGCAACUACCUUUGCAGGUGUAGAAAAACAGGUCAAGUUGCAUGGGUGGAAGUGGUUUGAUGAGCAGAAUGUUGUGGUCCCCUGGACACUUAGAGGCCCUUCAGAUAGGAAGCGUCUUAAGAAUUUGGGCCUGGGGCAAAAUCAUUUCCCGACUCUAGUUGCGAAGGUAUUGAGCUCGACACCAACUGUCCAUCAUCAGCCAGUUCCAAAGACCAAAGAGCCGACGCCGAUAAACCCCAACAUUGUCUCAAAGAACAGUUCUGAGCAGAAAGAGACGACGAGUGAGCAGCAUUUGGAGAAGGAGAUCACGCUCACACCCGACAGAGAGACUCUGGAGCAAACGGCAAGCAACCUUGCCACGGAUGAGCAACAACCACCUGAUGAUGAUAGCAAGCAGGAUCACGUUAAAGACAAAGAGGACUCAGCCCCUCUUCUUAUUCGCGACCGCAUCCGCACCACACACAACCUCUUUGGGUCGAAUGUAGUUGAGGUCAAGCUUAAUGGUGCUUCGCACUGGGCAACUUUACGUGCUUUGGAGAAGUAUUGUGGCGCUUACAGUGAGCGAUCAUCUUCCAACGAAGACCAAGUUGUAGACUUUGGCCGCAAGAGAAUUUCGCCCGUGAUCGCGCGUGCUUUUUUUCAAGCAAUUUCGCCCUUCCCUCGGAGCGAACUGCCCACCCACGAUGUCAUCCCGGAUCCGGAAAUGUCUUUACACCACGAAGAUGUCGCCUUAGUCAUAUUGCCUGACGAUCCCAAGCCAAGGGAGAUUGAAUGGAACUUCGAUGCUUGCGCCGAGAUGUACAGACUGGCUAGAAUGCUCAAGUCGCCAGUUGUCAAAGACAUGGUAGCAGAUAGGAUAUUGAAGAUCUACCUCGAGUACCGCAAGCAACUAGAGGAAGACGACGACAAGCAGAACCUAGACUUCCCCAUCAGAUUCGCCAACUCGUUGAAAAUGAACGAAGACCUGCCCAUCCUCCGUUUGUUAGUCGACAUAGCUCUCGAUCACAGUCGCCGAGGACACGACCUACCGGAUGGGCUUGCAACUCACGUCAUGCGUUUGUUAGUCGGUCGUUCGUCCGGCUGGGGAGGCAAGAUGCACAUGCUUCACAAUCAAAACCCCACCGCGUUGUGUAACGAGUACCAUGGUCAUGAUCGACUUUGUCACAAAGCUUUCGACGCACGCUAUACAACGGAACGGCUCAUCCAUGACAUCUUUAAGCGGAUUCGACGAGACACAUGUCUGGAAGCCGCUGAGGAAUUCGAUAUGGAAAAAAAGCAAGAUGAGGACGAUGAUUCCCCAAAGAUAGCACUGGACAUAUACAAGAUGCUGCUCUGGUCUCGCGACAAUGAGGAGCAAGUUGCGCUUUUCAUGCUUGAGUACGAACGGCUUGCUGCGAGACUGAAUGACACGUGGGCUCUAGAUGAGCAGGCUGACCCGGAAGAUGAGAAGCGGGCGGAGUGGCUUUCUGAAAAGAUUACUGCGCUGCGGGUGGAGCACAAUGAGCGGUGGCCAGACUAUGGAGAAGAAGAAGAGGAAGGGGAUCCGGCGAGCUAUGCUAGGCAGUUGUUCGAUAUAGGUUAG